AUGAGGCAACCAUGGUUCGAGUGCCCAACAGGGAAGCUUGGCACAGACACUGGCCAAGCAGAUCAGAACCCAAGGAAGAAGUGCUCGUAUCAUAAUGAGCUCGGCCACUACACAACGGCAUGCGCCCUGUAUAAGGCACUGCUGGAGCGUUUGAUGGCCCAAGGUCAUCUCGACCAGUACAUUGAUCAAACCAAAACACUUGCCCGUCAACCUGCUAGAAAUCCCAACCCUAAUGAGCCACGACCGACGAUACACGUUAUCCAUGGCCCCGUGACAAAGGAAUUUGAAACAAUCCUACACUUCAACCUCGAUCACGCCUCCACUUCCAAGCAGGUACUUGCGGUAGAACCUGGAUCCAAACGUCCACGUCCAAAAGAAUUGCCUAAGUGGACAAUAACUUUAACCGAGCGCGACCUCGAGCUUAUGCAAACCCCACACUCCGAUGCCCUCGUUGUAACUAUACAAAUUGGAAUCCAUGACGUCAAGCACGUCCUCAUCAAUCAGGGAAGCUCGAUAGAGGUCAUGUAUUAUGACUUGUUCAAGAAACUUGAUCUACUAGAAUCGGCAUUGCAACCUGUUGAAGUACCUCUCAUCGGAUUCAACGGAGCACCUAUUUGGCCACUUGGUCGAAUCUUCCUUCCAAUCGUUGUCAGCUCGAAGAUAUUGAGCGUCGAAUUCAUCGUCGUCAACGUUCCGAGCCCAUACAAUGCAAUUCUCGGCCGAAUCUGGCUAUAUAGCAUGCAAACAAUCACUUCCACUUACCAUCAGAUCGUCCGAUUCAUUGGCACAAAUGGAAGAGAGGAAGACCUACAUGACGAUCAAGUCGCCUCCAAGAAGUGUUACGUUUCAGCUAUCCACAACUCCACCAAAGCCAAGCAAGUGCAGUGGGUUAAAAUCCCGGACGUGGCAGUCAUUGGCGACGGAGAAAAGGCUGAUGACAAAGCACAAAAAGACCUCGUCCAAAUGCCCAUCAAUGAGGAUGGCUCUCAUUUUUUCUUACUCGGUUCUUCCGUUAGUGACGCCGAGCGCGAAGAAAUGUUCAAAUUCCUCAAGGACAACAUUGAGGUUUUUGCUUAG